AUGGAACCACGCAAAGUACAAACCGUGGCGCUCGCGGGUGCAACCGGCAACGUUGGCAAGUGGACUCUGAAAGCCCUGGUCGCAGAUGGCUUCCGCGUGACCGUUCUGGCUCGCAGACAGGCGUCCUUCCCCGACGGAGUGGCUGUCAAGGUGGUCGACUUCGGCUCGUCCGACGCCUUGACGGAGGCGUUGAGAGGGCACGACGCCUUUGUCGACUGCACGCUCGUCCACGACGACACCCCGGCGCGGCUCAUGGACGCGGCCGCGGCCGCGGGGGUCUAUCGCUACAUCCCGUCGGACUUCAGCCUGGACCUCCACAACCGCAACGUCCACGGGCUGCCCGUCUUCUUCCGCAAGGACGCCAACGACAGGCACCUCUUCCGGACGUGCGAGGAGACGGGCAUGACCUGGAGCGUCGUCUGCAACGGGGCGUUCCUGGACUGGAACCUGCGCUCCGGCUUCAUGAACAUCGACGUCCACGGGCGGAGAGUCGACUACAUCGGCGACGGGGCCAACGUCCACGCCUGGACGACGCUCGAGGCGACCGGCAAAGCCGUCUCCGGGGCCCUGCGCCGCGCCGCCGAGACGGAGAACAGGCCGGUCUACGUGCACUCCGUCAACAAGAGCCAGAGGCAGAUGGCGGACCUCUGCAAGGAGGCCCUGGGAGGGGCCGACGACGACUGGGAGGAGUCGCGAUCGGACAUGGACGAGGUGCUCGCCGGGGCUCUGCGGGAAUUCCACGCCGGCAACUUUGGGUGGAACGUCUUGGGCGACAUGAUCCGGUACGCCAACUCGAGGCCGGACUUCUCGUGCCCCUGGGAGAAGAGCGACAACGCCUUGUUGGGGGUCGAGACGAUGACGGACGACGAGGUGAAGGGGCUGAUCAGGGCCAUUGCGGCCGAGAAGACGGUGUCAGCUUCGACAACAUUUUCAAGCAGAACAGUUGUGUGAAUGCGCCUUGUCGAGAGUCUCGCUCCCCCUCGUUUGCUUUCUGGAUCGACCCGUGUGGCAUAGAUUCUUUGAGCAGAAUCAAAUGGCAACACAUAUGCGCAUAUAUCACGGUUCAAGUCACGGAAAUAAUAGGCCUCCGAUAGGCUUUAGGCUUUUGUAAUGGCUUGAGCGGCCUGUCGGCCACAGAUCCUGUAUUCCCCCUCCCUCCUUAAUCAACCCUUCUUCCCCUCCCCCCCCGCUACACCCUGAAAACAUCCCCAGCGACCCGCGAUGGGCUUCGAGUGCAACAUUCCAACAUCACACAGCGCCACGCUAUGCCCCUCGACUGUCC